UUUGAUUUCGGUGCGUUACUUGGAAUUCAACAAUGUCAAAUUUCCGCACUCCAGUUGGACCAAUUGGUGUAUAAAAGGAUAUACGCUCACAGGAUGUGAAUUAAUUGUGAAAAUUUUCAUUGAAGUGCGGUUAUACGGUGUGAUGCUGUGCUGAAAACAAAACUUAAUUUGAUAAGAGAAAUUUGCUUAUUGAUAAGUGAUUUGAAAUUCAUGUACAAAACUAAAAAUAUAAAUUUACUAAAAGCUAAGAAACAAAAUAAUUUGUUAUAAACAAAUAAAAAUUAACCACAAUUAAGCAAUAAAAGUAAAAAAAAAAUAUGUCAAGAAAUCAAUUGCCCGAUUCUUCAUCCUCGCCGCCAAUAAGUCACCUGUCAUUUCAUAAUUUCGAUGAUGACAUGAUCAACGAUUUGCCGUCAUGCGUUUAUGCCGGUGCAGCACAUCACGUAAGCGCCGCAGCUGGUGGCCUUGGCGGUAGCGGCAACAAUCUGCGUAUGAGCACGAGUAGUCUGCGUCAGAUGCAACAACAAUACUUACAACAUACGGAGAACCUACUGGAUUCUUCAACAGGCAUGUCGCUGGUCACGGCGAGCUCUUCCACGGGCUGUGGUGGUGGUGCUGGUGGCGGCGGUGGUAGUUCAUCUAUUCACUGCAAUAGUCCGAGCGCGACCAGUAGCAGUGUGGGUUAUGGCAAUGCCGCCACGGUGAAUGCAGCUGCUGCCGUUGCUGCUGCAGCUGGCUCGACUCCUUACAAGUUGCAGCGGCAACAGGCAAACGUGCGCGAGAGGAAACGCAUCCAGAGGUCGGCACCAACUGGUAGCAUCAAUUCAGCCUUCGAUGAGCUGCGCGUUCACGUUCCCACCUUUCCUUAUGAGAAGCGCUUAAGCAAAAUCGACACUCUUCGUUUGGCCAUCGCCUAUAUUUCUCUACUGCGUGAAGUCCUUCAGACCGACUACGAUCCACUCACCUAUGUGGAGAAGUGCUUGCGUGGCGAGAUUAAGGCAGAUCGUGCCAACUGGAACACAAGUGAUCUCACGGCACGCCUUUCUUGGAUAAAUUGGGAAAAUCUGGGCGUACAUCCAGGCCGCCGAACUCUACUUACCACACUGGCAUUAUCCUCGGAGCCAAUGUGCGGUGCGCACUGUGGCCCAUAAAUAUCCGUCUUCGCGCACUAGUUUUUAGAAAUUUUGGAAUAUUAUAAUUUUGUUGUGAUACUAAUUUAGUGCAACUGUCUUCCUUUUUCUUAAAUAUUUUAAGCUUAAAUUAAGCCAAAAAAAAACAAUUUAAUAUUAAUUGUUAAAAUUAAGUAUUUAUUCCCCUGCCAAAGCAAAUAAAAGAUAUUUCAACUGAGUAAAUGAUUUAUGAUAUGUAGCUUGAAUAAAACUGAAAAUUGCCGACGGUAUCCGCAAAGCAUACGCCGAGGUACUUAACACAAACAACUGACUUAAUAAAAACCUCUUAGUCGCAUGUGGACAACCGCAUUGAAGUCGGAUCCAUAUAUUUUCUGCACUCAGCUUUUUAAACUAGCAGCACUGUGAGGCUAUCGAGUAAAAUCUCUCGUUAUUUGAUACAAUACUUUAAUUCAAAGUUACCGAUGUAAAUAGAAAUUUAUAACUUUGGGCGGAUCACUACAAUUUUGAAUAUUAUAAACCGGUUUCGAGCGACUUUCUUCGAAAAAAAAUAUUCUCUUAUGGUAAAAAAAUUUAAAAUUUUUUUUCAUUUUGGAAAUUCACGGCCUCAAAAAUGUUUUUUUUUAAUAAUAGACAAUUUUACAUAAAACCACAUAAAAACUUACAAUAAAAACAAUUUAAGUUACUAUUAUAUGUUUUCCAUGCAUCGCUGUUUAAAAAAAUAAUUUUUAAGUCUUUUUUUUAACAUUUUCUAAAUAUCAAUCUAUUUUAUUCACUUCAAUUUGUGUGUAUAAAUAUACUUAACAUAACAAUUGUGUAUGUGUGUGUAUUUAAACCUGUUUUUGUUUUGAUUUGUUUGUUGAUAAUUGAGUACGUAUGCUUUUUUGUGUAUAAAAUAUUUUAUCAAAACUAUUGCAUUUAUCAUUUUUUUCAGUGUAUGUAUCAGGAAGCGCUGCUAAAAAUACUCAUUUUUAAAGACACAUUUACAUAUUUAUUGCUAUUAUUAUGUUUUUAAUGUAUUUUCAUCAACUGAUCUAACAUUAAUUCGGCUAUCUUAAUACAAAUCUCACUACUUGUACAGUACUAUAGUAAACACAUACGUACGAAUAUACGUAGAAAUGUCUUGUCUUCUUUCAAAGUAUUAAAGAUUUUUAUAAUUUUUAAACAUUUAUAAUUUUUGUAGUUUUUGACUUUUAUAAAUCCAAAAAUAUUAUAUAAAACAAAAAUGAAAUGUAUACACUUGUUACAUUAUUGGAGGUUAUGUGCAAUACAUUUAUUUAAAUUAAUAUUAAUGAAUUGUAAAUUUCUUUUAGCAUGAAUAAAAUGAAAUGAAAGCAAUGCACAGUAAAUAGGUAAAUUCAAAAUAAUUAAAAAUAUGAUAUCUAAAAUUACCAAAAUUUAUUUUAAAAAAUAUUUUUCAGAAGAAUUUGUUGCUCUUUUCUCAAUAUACUCAGCAAUUUCCUUCUAAUUAUGUAUUCUUAUUAAAUUUACAAUAUAUUGAAAAUUUUUUUAAGAAAAAACAAUUGUCGUACUAAAAAAUUGAAUUAAUUUAAAACUUGUAAGUACUGCCGCAAAUAAUGCAUACCUUUAGGCUUAGUAGCCCUAAUUAUAUUUCGAAUACUUGCCGCAAAGUGUACUUGAAAAAAGUAGUAUCCGCACAACAAAAAAUAGCAGCGAGUAAUUUUCAUACUUAAGGUUUUACACCAUUACUGAAAAUAUAAUAUUUCCAAUUAUUUUUUCUUAUAGUUAGUGUUUUAUUAUUUAGAUUUCUUUUCAAUCAAGUCAUCGAAUUUUUUAAACCAAAAAUUUUGGGUUAAAAUACGAUUUGAAUUUGAGAGAUGUUUGGGCUAAAAUCUCAAAAUCAUAAUUACCAGAAUAAUUUCAUUUUCAAUUUCUAUUUUAGAUUUACAAUUAUAAAUAUAUUGGUUUAAAAAUUAAGUUUUCAAAUUUUUAAUCCCAAAAUCAUAAUUAAAU